AUGCAAAUUGGGACAAUAGCCUUAAUCAUAUCCAUCCCGUUAGCUUUAAGCAUGACUUUUAGCAGACUGGGAGACUUUUGAGUUUUUAGUUCUUGAUCUCAUAAGUUCUCCAACUUUUUAAAGAGCUUUGUGAAACUAAUAACAUUUGGGAUUUCGUCUAAAGUUUCAAACGUAGGGUUGGUCUUUGAAGAUUUUCUUAUGAGAGAGUAA